AUGAAUCUUGAUUCACCUUGUGAGAGUAGUUGCAUGGCGAGACCGUACAAUGAAAUACAACUCUUGCUAAAUAACUUUACUACUAAUGAUCAUAAUUGGCAAGGAGAUGGGGAUUCACGAAGGGCAAUUAAACAGAAAGCAGCCGGGUUGAUUGAGCUUGAUGACUUUUCAGCCAUGAGAGCCGAUAUAGCAAAAUUUGCAAAUCAGAUGAAUAGAAUGACAAUGCAAAAAACACAACCGAUGCAACAUGUAGAACAAAUGUCUAUUUGCUGCGAACUAUGUGGUGACAGUGAUAUGAGUGACAUGUGCCCCACGAAUCCUGAAUCUAUAUACUAUGUGAGGCAACAGAGCAGAGGUCCAAUGAUCAACAGGAACAAUAUGAGAACACUUACAACACAAAUUGGAAGAAUCAUCCCAACUUUUCAUGGGGGUGGAAAUCAACCGAAUCAGAAUCAUUAUAGACCACAAGGAAAUUUCAAUAAACCUCAUAAUCUACCUCAACAGGUAGAAGAGACUACGAAUGAUUUGUUGAAGAAGUUGUUGCUUGACAAUCAACAACUCAGUACUGAUUUCGGAAAUCUUGAGAGGCAAAUGGGGAAGUUAGCAACAAAUCAAUAUACUAGACCUGCAGGCACUCUCCCCAGUGAUAUAGAUAAGAACUCUGAAGUUAAUGCAGUUACACUCAGAAACAUGAGAGAACUAGAGAAAGUGCCAAAGAAGAGAAAAGACAAACAUAUACCUGAGGGGGAGUUGAUUCCUAAGGUUCAAUUGAAGAUUCCAUUGGUGGAUGUACUUUGUGAAAUUCCAAAGUAUGCUAAGUACUUAAAAGAAAUAGUGUCUCACAAAAGGAGAUUGACUGAAUUCGAGACAGUCGCACUUACUGAGGAAUGCACUUCAAGAGUCCAAAACAAGCUUCCUCAAAAGCUCAAGGAUCCUAGUAGCUUCACCAUCCCUCAUAAAUCUGAUGCCCUUGUCCUUGUUCAAGCAAUUGGGUCUGGGAGCUCCAAGACCAACUACUGUGAUAAUCUGGUUGACAGGUCUAUAGCACACCCUAAGGGGGUUAUUGGAGAUUUGUUGUUGCAAAUUGGGAAAUUCAUCUUUCUUGUGGACUUCAUUAUCCUAGAUUAUGAGGCUAAUGAACUGGUUCCAAUCAUUGUGGGACGACCUCUCUUGGUGACUGGUGAUGAAAUUAUUAAAGUGAGAGAUGGAAAAAUGAUAUUGAAAGUGGAUAACGAGGAAUUAGUCUUUAAUGUUUACAAAGCAAUUCAACUUCCCUGCUACUAUGAAGAGCUCUCGAUAAUAUCUGUUGUGGAAGUGGAUGAGCAACUUCUUGACAUGAGUGUAGAUCUAGAUGAUUCUCUAGAGAAAGCACUUAUCUUGUUCGAUAUCUUGGAGAUUGAUGAUGAGGAAGAAAAGCUGUUGAGAGUGCUAUGUGAGCACACGCGAGAAUUUGGGUGGACGAUCUCUGAUAUUAGGGGAAUUAGUCCAGCUCUUCGCAUGCAUAAAGUCCUCAUAUAG